AUCAAAUGUCACUUUCGCGGACGCGCCCUCACUCAUGCGUAGCUAUAAAGUGUUGCUAACGUGCCUUCGCCGAUUGCAAAACUGGGCAUCACGUCACCCACAAAACCAGGAUGACACCAACUAAGGAUGUCACGAAGUACGAGGUGAUCGGUGUUAUGAGUGGCAGCUCACUCGACGGACUCGACAUCAUCUACACACGCUUCAGCUUAACAUCCUCGGACUGCUGGGAGUACAACAUCCAGCACUGCACUUGUUACAACUACUCCCCGACAUGGAUCGACAAGUUGAAGCACGCCACAUCCACCAGUGCACUCGAAUACCAACUGCUGAACACGGAGUACGGACGGUACAUCGGAGAAUAUGUCCUUCGGUUCAUCAGGGAGAACCGUCUGGAUGGGAAGGUGCACUUGAUAGCGUGCCACGGCCACACAGUGUUCCACUUACCUUCGCAGCUCACCACCAGCACGCUGGGAGAUGGCGCUACCGUAGCUGCCGUGACCGGUCUUCCCGUAGUCAGCGACCUCAGGUCCAUGGACGUUGCAUUGGGUGGUCAGGGCUCUCCGAUAGCGUUAACUGCGGAACGCAAGUUGUUCGGAAACGAGUACCAGUUUUUCCUGAACAUUGGCGGAAUGGCCUGCCUGACGUACGCGGGUAAAAAUUACAGCGACAGUUUCGCCGUCGACGUUUGUCCGGCAAAUCAACUUUUAAACCUGCUCGCGAAUCGGGAGGGCCGUGCGUUUGACCGUAGCGGCGAGAUGGCAAAGUCUGGGAAAGUUAGCACCAGAUUGCUGAAAGACCUAGACGACUUUGACUAUUACAAAAAGUCCUUUCCAAAAUCUCUCGGGGUGGACUUUGGACCGGAGAUUCUGUACCCCUUAAUCCAAGCCCACGAUCUAAGCACAGCAGACGCGCUUCAGACCUUCACAGAACACAUCUGCAACCAGGUUGCGGAAGUGAUACGGUUGGUCGAGAGAACCGUGAAAGACGGUCUUCCGCAGUCUUCCAAAAUGCUCGUUACGGGAGGGGGCGCUAGAAACCUGUUCCUGGUGGACAGGCUCACAGAAAGACUGAAGGAGUUCCGUAUAACCGUGGUCGUUCCUAACGAUGAGCUCGUUAAGUUUAAGGAAGCCCUGGUGACCUCAGUUAUUGGAGUGCAGCGUCUCAGAGGGGAGGAAAACUUCAUCGGCGAGGUGUCGGGUGCAUCGCGGAGCUCGAUAGGUGGGGCUUUCUGGUACGGGAAGGAUAAGAUAAAGGUCUGAGUUAGCCUCGGAGAGUAAGUUUCUAGCUUUUAGGUAGGUGCAGGGCUCGGUCGGAAAUCACUUCCAUUUUGCUCGUGGCACUUAGAUUUAUGAAAGCAAAGGCAUUCCUGCAGCUAGUUAACGGUAGCGCCUUGUGUGGCAGACAGUGCAACGGUUAGCUGAUUUUGUCUAACGGAAUACUCAGUCGUCAAGUGCCGAAAACCUUCUUCUAGGAAGAGUAGUGCCUACCACUUGCACUGCCUAAUUUGAGACUUUACCUGUAAUAGUACAAUCGAUUGUCACAUAUCACCGAUACCAGUACAAACGACUCGGAACUGGGUGCUUGUUCAACGGCAUCCCAUAGUCGCCCUUAGACAUGCACUUCGAACUGUAUAAACAUUUCCUAUUAAUGUUAUUGCUGUUAACGUUGUUUACCAGUUAUGUGACAUUCUUUCACGGUUUUCCAGUUUUGUGUCAGCCAACAUUUAUUGCGUUACCUGUUACACUGCCACCGUAAUGCCUUUGCACCAUUUGCAGUGGGAGGGAAAAAUAUGACACUGCGGUGCAUUACGAACAGAUGUUAAAUGGAGAGCAGACAUGAGUGGGGACUUGCAAGAGAAAUUUUCGGCUAGCCUGACUUAUCGGGAUGGAUCCCAGCUGUUGCCCCGCGAUAAUUUUGAGUAUGUUUUUGGAUGCCCUGUACAAAUUGACAAAUACAAAGUUUAUCUGAUUGCAGAGGCACCUGACUACACUUAGACACCAGCGUUUGCGGGAGCGUCUUUGAAAUGCACACAAUCGCAACAUUGCCAAUCAACCUUGAGUGAAAAUAAGCAUAGUACAUUCUAACAGCAAUGCCUUCAUCAUUGGCUGCUUGAAGAUUGCUCGAAAAGUCGGCCGAGUGUGAUCUGCUUUCUUUGUCGCUUCUGUUCUAACUUUUACUGCACUUUUAGCUGCAUUUAAGUGCUAUUCUCCUCAAGCAUAGCAGAGUUGCUGGCAACAGUGCGCUUUGAUUUUGUCGAAAAGUUUACCAGAAAGUUAUUUUUAUAGUAAGCAAUUUUGUCUUCCACUUACAAGCUGCAGCAUGAUUGUGGGGGGUUUCCUUGGGACUGCUGUUGAAUUCUCAAAUGUAGUGAAUGCAGUGUGCAUUCAAUGCUAUUUUUUCAUAAUUUUGGAAAGACAAGCAUUAAAACUUUAAAAAGCAUG